UACCCGUUAGUGCACUUAAUCCGCCCUGGGGCGAGUCCGGGUCUCCAAGUACUUAGUCUGGUGUGGCCGUUCGUCGUCGUCGACUGUAGUGAUCUGCGGUGAGCCAACGGCAACAUGAUGUGACAUGUGGAUGACUAAAUAAAACGUCAACGGCGUAUAAAACGGGAAAUUAAACGAAACGCGUUAAACAUCCAAACAAGAUCCAGCCAGGUUCGAGUGUAGGAUGUGAUAAAUAAUUGCAGGCGAAGAAAAUGGCAGCGAUGUGUUAAAUGCACUAAUCGAAUUUCGAUCCAUAAAGGAUACAUUCCGUGCGGACAGGAAGCAAAAUGGGUCUCCUGCACACCUAAGGCGGCAAGUGGAUUUAUCUACGUUCGAUGGUGACACGGUGUCGAAGUAAAGAAAAGCGACUCAACCACGGAUGAAAAGUGUGCGAACGAGAAGCACCCACCGUAUUUUCUCGCCAAUGGAUAAUGAUCCAAGGAACCGUAAAGUCAUCUAAGUGGGCAUUGUCGGGUCAUGUAACAAGCACCUGAAGUAACGCGGUGAAAACCUUGCUUGCAACAGCUUGAAAGAACGGACGCUGCGGAGGACAGAGGCAACCAAUAAUUGGCGAGUGAGGAAGGAAGUCGGCAUUUGUGUGUGUGUGUGUGUGUGUGUGUGUGUGAAGAAAACGGAGCCACAGUGUGAGUCCUUCGAGGGUGUGCAUAAUGCAUCCGGUCCGUGCAGCGAGGUGCAAGGCGAUGGUGGACACCAUGGUCGCUUUCAAGGCGGUGGGUCAGGGGCAACGGUGUCGAUAAAAGUUAGGUUAAAACAGGUGGACCAAGUACAGACGGAGACACACUCCCAGGAUCGCUAUCUCGCUUGUGUCGGAACGGUUCGUAAAACACUCCGGAUGGGUCGCAAUGGUGACGCUAUAGCGUGUGGUGUGUUGAACGUAUGAAAAGUGCACAUGAUUGUCACACAAAGGCAGCGAAGUGAACAACAGAGAGUGAAAAGCGAGUGAGAAAGCGACCGAAAGUGAGCUCAUGGGGGCCUGGUUCGACGAAAACAGCACGGAUACGACACGACCUCUGUUUUGAUUGCCUUGUAUCCUGCUACUGGCUGUGUGGGUGUGUGCGUGUGUGUGAUAAAGAAAGGGAGAGAGAGAGAGAAUAAAAGAGAGAGAAAAGCGCCUGUCUGCUGCAAAAUGGGCAACUACUGUAGUUCCGGCCAGACGAAGAAAGAUAAAGAUAAUGCGUCGGAAAAGUCUGAAGAAUCGCCCUCGUAUCAGUUGGCGGACAAAAGCAAAAAAUCAAACGAUGUAAAGGAGGCCCCACUGGCAGCUCCGGAGGUCACCUCGGAUGCGUCCGGAACGGGCCAAAUAUCCAACGGUUCCAAUGCCACCAACGGGUUCAACCCCGGAAUCGGCGGUGGUGAUGGGCCGAGGGCACAACCGAAGGCACUCCAGAACGUGCAAUCGAUGACGCUGUCCGAGUCGACCACCAACAGCCCGAUGGCCGUGUCGCCACCAUGUGAUAUACCGCCAGUGCAUCAGAAUCUACCGCCGAACCUAACGCCCCUGUACGGCAAGCCGACCACCAACCGGCGGACGGACAAGUACAAGAAGAUCGUCCUCUACAUACUGGCGGCGGAUGAUGGCUUCCAGACGGAGAAAGCAGUACUGCGGGAAGUGUUCAAGGGGUUGAACCAGAAGUGUCAGAGCCGUGGCUUCGAGCUGCACGUUGCCGACCUUCACGUGCUGCAACCGAAGGGUACCAGCUUCGACGUGAACAAGUGGUUCAGUGGCCCGCUCGAGGCGCAAGGUGGCCACGAUCUGGCCGCGAACUGUUUGGCCGAAAUUGCACGCCAAUCGUGCGAUUCCUAUCUGAUUCCGGUUCUGUUUCUCGGCGGUUCGCUCGGCGAUCCGCUUCUGCCGCUGACGAUCGAGAGUCAGGACUUUGUCGCUGCGCUGCAGAUGGCCGAACGGAAUCCGCAGGAGCGAGCGAUCCUGGAGAAAUGGUAUGUGCUGGAUGAUAAGUCACAACCCGCGUGCUACCGGUUGAACCCGAAGGCUAAUCCGCCAAUAAGUUCGGAAGAAUCACAACAAGAGUUGUCACUAUUGCUGCAAACGAUGGUGGAUAUAUUCUCUAAAGAGCUACGUGAUUCUUAUCUGACAACCGUCGUGGAGCAGGAAAUCAACAAUACCGUUCUCAUCAGUCAAGAGCUGUCGAAACGCUGCAUUUGGAUACAGAGCACGGUGGCUCUACCGAAGGCCGACGGAGUCUCCUCCACGGAGACGGAGAUGGUGCGCAGACUAACAAACAUCCAGAACGAUCUGAAGAACCAACUGUCCGAGAAGCAUAUAAUUCGUAUCCCGGCAAACGUCGCCCAGCAGCAGGAACAGUUCGGGUCGCUGCUGGAGUCGUGCCUCUCGCUUGAGAUCGAUCUCAUCAUCGACGAGCACGUCAGCAAGUACUCGAUACCGUACUGCACGUUCGGUGUCGACCGGCGGCUGCUCAGCGAGCUGGAGGAGGUCAAUCGGCAUGCGCGUGUGCUGAACGAAAACUGCGCCAACUUUACCACGACCGAUCGGGUGAAGGACUAUCUGCUGUCGGCACGCGGCAAACCGCUGGUCGUGCACGGUAAAAUGGGUGCUGGCAAGAGUGUGUUCAUGGCAAAACUUUCGCAAAACCUGCACGCCUGGCUGCCCGAGUCGCAUCUGGUGAUGAGAUAUGCCAACCUCACUAUGCAGAGCUCAGAUGUCACGUCGCUGUUGGGUUCAAUAACGGAACAGAUAUCAGUAUUAAUUAAGGGCGUGCCGACCCGUUGCCAUCAUACCAUAGCGUCGUAUGCCAGUGCACUGAAGACACUGCUAGAGACGUCCAAGCACCAGAUCACCAUCCUCAUCGACUCCGUGGACGCGCUACGUGAUGUCGAGGACCUAGACUGGCUGCCGGUGGUUCUACUAGAUAAUGUGAAGCUUGUGCUAACGGUGAGCUCGGGAGGUAACGGGCAGGACCUUGCCAAACUCCAGGGUCCAGAAAAUCGUGUGUUGCAGCGCUUGCGCGAUCGCAUAGCGGACGAUGGCUGCUUCCUCUAUCUCACCCCGUUUACCCAAGAGCAGUGGGAGGAUGUGUUGUGUUUCGGCGGGGGCGACAUCUACGCUGCGAACGGGGCACUGCAACUGCCGGAAUGUUGGAAGAAGUCGGAUGAGAAAAUUUCCAUUCAAGCGAAGAUUCUAUGGUGGCUAGGUUGGCUCGGAAUCACCAACCUCUCGGACACGUCCGUGUCGCAUAUCAGCGACAAAGUGUUCACCAUUCUGGAGGAAAAGUUCACCACCGCCAUCACGAAGCUCAUCAUCCCGCUGCUUCUGGCUUCCCGGGAAGGUUUACUGGAGACGGAAAUAAUUACUCUUAUUAGGAACUCCAACUUAGUCAAUGGAUCGACUACUAAACUGUGGACGCACUUUUGCUGGAAGAUGGGACCACUUUUCUUGCACAACAAGAAUAUCAUCGUCGUCGACCGGACGCUACGGCAGGUGGCGGAGAAGCGGUACGAGGCUGACAUGCAGCAGGCGCACAGGAUCCUAUACGAUUACUACGAAGCACAGCCAAACGUAUUUCUAGAUAAGAAGGGAAAGGAUAAAAGUUUUAACUAUAGGAAGUUUGUGGAACUACCCUACCACAAGUACAAGCUCGAUGCACUGGAUGCCGCUGAUCUGUAUCCCAAUUCUUCGUACCUGACCGACCUCGCCUGGUUGCAAGACAAGCUGAUCGCUACCGGUUGUGUUCAUAUUUUAAACGAUAUCUGCCUGGUGGACGUCGCAUCUAUCGGCAGCUACCCGCACGUAUCCCUGUUGAAGGCGUUCAUCGAGCAGCACUUUAAGGCGCUCAACUACGACGGCCACCAGCUGUACUCGCUGCUGUGCACGUUCCUAGCUUCCGAGCUGCGGCGGAACGGUUCACUACCGGCGAUUCCGAAACAGUGGCUUGAUACCAUCGGUCAGAGCACGGUGCCGUAUUUGGAGCGGUUGCAGCUGGGUGAGGGUGCGGAAACGGAAGACUUACCGACGACGGAAGGUGGCCAACCAGCCGUCGGGUUUGAUCUGAUAAUGAACCUUAACAUCGAGGGGUAUUUCGUCAUAUCGCUCAGCACGGAGCGGGAAGAGAUAUGCGUUUGGGAUGUCGCGAAGUGUCGAAAGGUCCGCACAUUAACCGGUGUACCACAGCCGUCGGCCAUUUGUCCAGUGGGCGACUACGGUGUAGCCGUGCUGUGCCGUCGAGAGAUUCGCAUCAUCAAUCUGAACGAGGGCAAGUUCAAGGUGACACUGAAGGGGGUCAUGAAUCAGAAGAUGCCGUAUUUUGGGCUGCACGAUCCGUCGCACCUGGUGUGUCUGUCGCGCAACCGCAUGUACGUUAACCUGAUGAACAUCGAUUCCGGUGACUGCGUUACCACGUUCAAGGCGGGAGAAGAUCGGUUCCUUAAUUCGUUGCUCGUUUCCGGAGAUGGAAGAAUUCUGGUGUGUGGUGACGAGACGCAGAAACCGUUCCCACUGCUCGUGUGGCACCUGUCGCAGAAGAAAUUGCUAUACGAUCUGCGCAUCCCGCAUCACGACUUCAUUACAUCGCUGUCCGCCAUUACGCACGAAGGCUCCUACGUGUGCGUGGUCGCGAAGGAACUGGCGGAACCUAGCCCUAACUUUAUCGUCGUGUACGACCUGCAGAGUGGCACGCUCUUCAAGAAGUGGAAACCGUCGUGUAACACGGUAUCGCUGGCUAUUUCGCAAACCAACACGUGCGUCAUAGCGGGGCUUGAGGAUGCGCGCAUAUUGAUCUGGGACUUGGUGACCGGCAACUGUCGGAGCACCCUUGUAGGGCACAGUGCACCGGUGACGUUGCUGAAGUUGGAUCCGACGGGAAAAAUUCUGCUCUCCAGUGACCGGGAAGGUCGCGAUCUGUCCAUCCGGCUUUGGCAGCUCGAUAGCGGGAAACUGCUAGCGGUGUACACUCCUGAGGAACGUAUCACGACGUGUGAAAUUCUUAGCGGUGGGUCCUUCCUGGCGUUGGCGCUCGAGAAUCGGCCCAGUCUGCUCACGCUUAAGUUGCAUAAUGCGGCUAAUAUCGCUGGAAACCAGAUUAAAACGGACCGGUCAGAUGAGGAGCGCCCAGCCGUGGUUUACGGCAACGCCGAGCACGACGGUAAGCUAUUCGAUUUGAAGCAGUAAGGUACACGACGUAUCCCGAACAGACA